CACCAGACAAACGCAGGAAGAUGGAGUCUGCGCUAAACCAGCUGAAGAAGUUCACUGUGGUGGUGGCAGACACGGGAGACUUUAAUGCCAUUGAUGAGUACAAGCCUCAAGAUGCAACCACUAACCCGUCACUGAUCCUAGCUGCUGCUAAGAUGCCAGCCUACCAGAGUCUGCUGGAUCAGGCCAUUAAAUAUGGCAUCGCUAAAGGAGGAACUGAGGAGGAGCAGGUAGCCCACACAAUGGACAAGCUCUUUGUGAGUUUUGGACUUGAGAUCCUCAAGAAGGUCCCAGGCAGAGUUUCUACUGAGGUGGAUGCCAGGUUGUCCUUUGACAAAGAUGAAAUGGUAGCAAAAGCCUUGAAGCUCAUUGCACUCUACGAAGAGGCGGGCAUCAGCAAGGAGCGUGUGCUCAUCAAACUGUCCUCAACAUGGGAGGGAAUCCAGGCGGGCAAGGAGCUGGAGGAGAAACAUGGUGUUCACUGCAACAUGACGCUGCUGUUCUCUUUUGCUCAGGCUGUGGCCUGCGCAGAGGCAAAAGUAACACUAAUCUCACCCUUCGUUGGGAGAAUCCUUGACUGGUACAAGGAGAACACUGACCGCAAAAGCUACGAGCCUCAUGAAGACCCAGGUGUGAUCAGUGUGACAAAGAUUUACAACUACUACAAGAAGUUUGGUUACAGCACUGUAGUGAUGGGUGCCUCCUUCAGAAACACGGGGGAGGUGAAGGCUCUGGCUGGUUGUGACCUGCUCACCAUCUCCCCUGGUCUGUUAGCAGAGCUCAGCCAGGACCACAGCUCCAUCACUGAAAUGCUCAGUGAGGAGAAAGCCAAGGCCUGUGAUCUGAAGAAGAUCCACCUGGAUGAGAAGGAUUUCCGCUGGCAGCACAACGAGGACCGCAUGGCUGUGGAGAAACUGUCCGACGGCAUCCGCAAGUUUGCUGCUGAUGCUAUCAAGCUGGAAACCAUGAUUAAAGAGAAAAUGCUCAGUGUAAAAAACGGCCAGUAGUAGACAGAUGAGGUGUGUCCAGCUGCAUUUAAUAAGGUACAGGUGUGUGG